CCGCCUCUCCAGAGCCGUCUGGCUGCAGCAGAGCCUCAGACAGAGGAGGGGAGAGGAGGAAAAAAAAAACGCUGAGUGAGUGGAGUGGAGCCUGGGAGGGGCUCCUUAAAGAAACGCUGCCGCCGCUUGGCAUUGUGGCCGGCGAGGAACUCGAGGGGGGGAAGCCAUCGGAGCUCCUCUCGCUUAUCCUCUUCCCACCCCCCCCACCCCACCCCCAGCCGACAAAAAAAAAAAAAAAAAAAAAAAAAAAAAAAGCCGACCGAAAAAAACCUCGGGGGGGGAGUCGUGGGGGGGGUCCUGAGAACAUCUUAUAAACCGGAUUGCACUGAGAGGAGGAAAAAAAAAAGCAAAAAAGAUACAAAAUAUACAAGCAAAAGGCAACAAUUCCCCGGUCUCCAGCAGUCGCCCACCCUCCCUUCCCUUCUCUCCUGCUGGCCAUCUGCCUUGGGUUCUCCUUUGUGUCUGAUCUCUUACUACUGAGCCGAGCGCAGGCGGAGGGUGCACCACACACAGGGACUAUGCCCAGCUCGCUUUUUGCAGACAUGGAGAGGAACGGGAGCGGCGGCGGCGGCGGUGGUGGUGGUGGUGGCGGGGGAGAGACCCUGGAUGACCAAAGAGCCCUUCAGAUCGCCCUGGAUCAGCUCUCCCUGCUGGGGCUGGACAACGACGAGACGGGCUCCAUUUACGACAACGAGCCUCGGAAAAAGAGCGUGAACAUGACUGAAUGCGUCCCGGUGCCCAGCUCGGAACAUGUCGCUGAGAUAGUGGGGAGACAAGGUUGUAAAAUCAAAGCUCUGCGGGCAAAGACCAACACCUACAUCAAGACCCCGGUUCGCGGGGAGGAGCCGCUCUUUGUUGUGACGGGCAGAAAGGAAGAUGUGGCCAUGGCCCGCAGGGAGAUCAUCUCUGCGGCCGAGCACUUCUCCAUGAUCCGAGCCUCGCGGAACAAGAACACAGCCCUGAACGGCACCGUUCCCGGUCCCCCGAACCUGCCCGGCCAAACCACCAUCCAGGUGCGGGUGCCUUAUCGCGUGGUGGGCUUGGUCGUGGGGCCCAAGGGGGCCACCAUCAAGCGCAUCCAGCAGCAGACGCACACGUACAUCGUGACCCCGAGCCGGGACAAGGAGCCGGUCUUUGAGGUAACGGGCAUGCCGGAGAACGUGGACCGGGCCCGGGAGGAGAUCGAGGCUCACAUUGCCAUGCGCACCGGCGGCAUCAUCGAGCUGACGGACGAGAACGACUUCCACGCCAACGGCACGGACGUGGGCUUCGAGCUGAACGGCACGGGCAGCCUCUGGAGCAAGCCCACGCCGCCCAGCAUCACACCCACCCCGGGCCGCAAGCCCUUCUGCAACUACCGCAACGACAGCUCCAGCUCGCUGGGCAGCGCCUCCACCGACUCCUACUUCGGGGGCGGCACCGGGGGGGGCGGCAGCGCCCGCCUGGCCGACUACAGCCCCCCGAGCCCGGCGCUGAGCUUCUCGCACAACGGCAACAACAACAACAACAGCGCCAACGGCUACGUGUACGGCGGGGGCGGCGGCGACGUCCUCUCCUCCCCGGACUGCUGCUCCGAGCUGCCCUUCGACUCGCCGCCCGGCUUCGACCUGGCGCCCGCCCCGCCGCCCGGGGCCGGCAAGAAGUUCCUGUGA